GGUUUAAUAUAAAUUUUUAAACUUGCAAAUGAAAUAUUGAUCAAUUUUUCUUGGAAAAAGAUAUUGAUUAUGUUUGUCUCCUUGUUAAUCACAAUUCACAAACAAAAAGGCAACUGAACUCCAUCGCUGCAAUUUAUCUAGGUUAGAAACGGUGAUUGGGGUUUAGAGAGAGAGAGAGAGAAUGAGUAGUAACGCAGAAGGGGGAGGGGGAGGGGGAGGGGCCAGCAACGGGGGGAUGUUGUACCACGAGGUACAAGAGUCGAAGCUGUGCGCGGUGCAUUGCGUGAACACAGUGUUGCAGGGCCCCUUUUUCUCGGAGUUCGAUUUGGCGGCGUUGGCCUCCGAUCUAGAUCGUACGGAGCGGCAAAUGAUGCUCGGCGCCGUCACCGGAGAUUUUCUCCCCGAACUCUCGCAUAAUGUCUCUCUCGAUGGCGACUUCAGCAUCCAGGUUCUACAAAAAGCUUUGGAAGUGUGGGAUCUGCAAGUCAUUCCCCUUGAUAGCCCGGUGGCCGAGCCAGCUCAAAUAGAUCCCGAGAAGGAAAAUGCCUUUAUUUGUCACUUGCAGGACCAUUGGUUUUGUAUUAGAAAAGUUAAUGGAGAGUGGUAUAAUUUUGACAGCCUCUAUCCAGCACCGGAGCACCUCUCGAAGUUCUACCUUUCAGCUUACCUGGACUCUUUGAAGGGCUUUGGGUGGAGCAUUUUCCUAGUGAGAGGAAAUUUCCCAAAGGAAUGCCUCGUCACAUCCUCCGAAGCCUCCAACGGGUUCGGGCAGUGGCUUUUACCUGAAGACGCGGAGAGGAUCACCAAGUCGUGCAACACGGCAUCAAGAACACAGAAGGUAACUGGUCAGCAGCAGCAGCAGCAGCAGCAACAGCAGCAGCAGCUUUCUGAUCCCUACAUGCAGUAUGAUGAUGCACAAAUGUUACUAGAUGAUGAAGAUGAGGAUUUGAAAGCUGCAAUAGCUGCCAGCCUGAUGGAAUCCUCUACUCCUCCGUUGGCUGCGGCGGUGACAACGACUACUACUACUGAAACGCAACCAAGCUCCUCAGAAAAUGAGAUCAACAUCAGUGAGGAAAAGAAGGAAUGAGAGAGGCCAUGGUCGAAGAUAUAGGUGAUACUCAUCAGUGUGGUUUGUGUAAAUUCUAUGAUUGUUUAAAGGAAACUGUAAAAACUUUAUCCUUCAAAACAAUCAUGACGAGGGGGCAAAUUAUACCACAUUUUUUGAAUAAUAUGGCCUUAUAUGUUUGAAUUUA